AGCUAGGUGGGGGAGAGUUGCGAUACAGUCCUUCCAGGGGAGAUGGGUACACAGCUCUGAAUUCUUCUGCGUUCAAAUCUUGCUAUCUGGCAUUAUCUACAACAGCUUUUUCUUUCACCCUUUUUAUCUGCGUACAUAUUUAAGUUACAAAGCGGGACUCACAGGCACAUCUCGACCAUUGCCACUUUUGUCGUCUCACCUGCACUUGCGGUGGUCAGGAGAGGUACCGUAAAAUGGAUCAGGACAAAUACUUGCCGGAGCUGAUGGCCGAAAAAGAUAGCUUGGACCCCUCGUUUGUUCAUGCAAUUCGCCUUCUGGCAGAGGAAAUUGAGAAGUUUGAAGGGGAUGAUCUACGGAAAGAUGGUGAAGUUAAGAAGUACCUGGAUAUCAUCAGCAACAAAAACAUUAAGCUUUCUGAAAGAGUCCUCAUCCCAGUUCAGCAGUACCCUAAGUUUAAUUUUGUUGGGAAGCUGCUCGGGCCCAGAGGCAAUUCCAUGAAAAGAUUACAAGAAGAAACAGGAGCAAAGAUGUCUAUUCUGGGGAAGGGCUCGAUGCGCGACAAAGCCAAGGAGGAAGAGCUGAGGAAAAGUGGUGAGGCCAAGUACGCCCAUUUGAGUAAUGAUCUCCAUGUUUUAAUUGAAGUCUUCGCCCCUCCCGGAGAGGCCUAUUCCCGGAUGAGCCAUGCCUUGGAGGAGAUUAAGAAAUUUCUGGUGCCGGACUACAAUGAUGAGAUCAGACAAGAGCAGCUGCGUGAACUCUCCUACCUGAACGGAUCAGAAGACUCCGGCAGGGGGAGGGCCACACGGGGGCGUGGUCUGCGGCUGGCGGCAACGGCAACCACGAGGGGUCGAGGAGGUGCAGCCCCCCCUCCACCUCCAGGCCGAGGAGCAGUCGCUCCGAGAGGGGCAGUGACCACACGCACCUCCCUCCCAGUGGCCACACUAGCCAGAGGGGCCCCCACCCCGAGGGCUCGGGGGGUCAUCUCGGCAACGCCAGGAUACAGGGCCUCCCUCCUCCAAACCACACACGAGUCCUACGACGACUACAGUUAUGAUGAUGGCUAUGACGGUGAAUAUGACGACCAGAGUUAUGAUGCCUAUGAUGAUGCUAAUCAGUCAAAAAGCAUUUCUGAAUAUUAUGAAUAUGGGCACGGAACCACUGAAGAAUCCUACAACAACUAUGCAGAAGAAGACUGGACCUCCACACGCCCCGCCCUAAAAGCCCCACCAGCAAGGCCUGUAAGACGGGGCUACAGAGAACAUCCAUAUGGUAGAUAUUGAAGGUGCUCCGAAACAUUGUGUCCUCCAACAUGACCACAUUAAUUACUCUGACUCUCUUCAAAACUUGCUCUCUCCUCCCUCGACCGCCCCCCUCCCCCCUUGAUAUAGGACCCAGGAAUCAUCCAUUUAAACCUAGGCCCUGACCCAACCCACUGAUUUUUUUGAUAAUAUGGACAAACGUUGAGAUCUAAAUGUGAAAGGGGGGGUUCAUGCGUCAGACCCUGCCGUGAAAUGCUGUCAUUUUGGUUGUACAUAACUGUGUGUUAUCCGUAAACGAAAGCAUGAAGUUGCCACAUAACUUACGCAUACUGAUCCUUUCCGUGAUCCUGUUUUCCUUCAGGCCAGAUUGAUUUAUUAUCAUUAAGUGAAGAUAACCAUCUUGUAUAUAACUUCUUUUUUAAUACUUGUUAAUUUAAUUAUGUUAACUAUUGCGUUUGUAAAUUUAAUUUCAAUUUCGGUAUUGGGGUAGAAAGCAAUCAGCUAUGUAUGUAGCUCCCGACAAGUGCUCUGUUCUGUGUUAAGAUGUAUCUGUACAUAAAUCAUGUAAUAAAAGAACAUAAAGCACAAUGUGUAAGCUUCUCUAAAUAGGUGGCCAUAUAAUUGUUUGCCAUAAUUUGUCAAUAAUGUUGAAAUCUUUCUCUCUUUUUUUUGUAAAAUUAGAUGCAUUCCAAGUACUUGUUUAUAGUAAUAAAUGCCUGCUUGGGUUUAGGAAAUGGCUAAAAUGUUUUUUUUUUUUUUUUAAUACGGAAAUAAAUCUACAAAAAUUUGAAGUCAUUUUCUGUAAGUUUCUAGAUAAGCUACAUUAAUCCACUCGAGAGGCACCAUUAAUGCUAGAGCUAAAUUGUUCAUUGACUAUUGAUUAGUUCAUCAAAUGUAUUACAUGUUAAUGGAAAUCAAUUGUUAAGACCAAUAAAUUCAUUUUUAACAUAUUCUUUAAGCUUGACCUCAUUAAACGUCAAUUCUGAUUGACCUGUCUGCACUAGCUUGUCUCUGAGAAUGUUAUGGAGCUAAGAGGUAAGGAAAACCCCCCAUACUACAAUAAGACUGUCUAAAUGCCUUCUACCUUUAGUGUUGGCCUCUGGGCCCACCUCAUGUGAAUACUGUCGCUAUUCACAAUCUGUUUCUAGACGGGGAGUGGGGUGCACUAAGAUAUCCAUCUUUUGUCUCUGCUAUCUCUGUCUUCUUUCCAUCACUGUGAGUCCAGCUCAGUAUUUGUGCUGUUAUACCAGUGCUUUUAAAUAAUACUGCUACUGCACCUGAAGGCCGGUAGAAACCUGAACUCUCUUUUGUGACUUAUUAGACUUGAAGGCUGACGCUCUAAUUAAGAGACUGAAAGGAUCGCUAAACCCUUAAGCAGGUGCACUGUAACACUUAGGGACAACUCGAAGCAGCCCUAUGCAGAGUAGAGAACUGACAAAAAAAAAUGUCAGAAAAAUACAGAUUCUUCUUCCCUUCGCGAUGAUCUGUGUGUGCCUCACAAUCUGUUAUCUGAAACCUGAAGACAAGAUGGAGAGGGAAUGUUUAUUUUUGGGGAAAGAGGUGCCGAUACCUCAGGUAGAACUGAGACGAGAAAGAAAGAAAGAAAGAAAGAAAGAAAGAAAG